CUGAAUUUAAUUCAGGUACACUUUUAUCUCAAAAGCGGCGAUCCUACGUUGUUCGAAGUCAAGGAGAAAACCGGCGAAGUCUUUUUGAAAAAAGGGCUAUCACUUGGAAAACAUCAGCUUACGGUCGAAGCAAAGGAUGGAGCAGGAUCGGCUGGCGAGACAGAUGCUCAUGUAUAUGUCUAUGCGAUAGGAUCAGAUGCCAGCGCUCCUUCAUUUACGCAGCCUAGCUAUGUUAUCAAGACUGCUGAGGAUAUCUUGCCAGGCAUAUCCAUAGGAGCUGUGCAAGCUACUGAAACCGGUAGGAUUACGGUAGCGCGUUAUCUCGACGCAGACAAGAAUGAUAGAGUUGUCCUGAAUGUUCAAGCUGAUCUCAUCAAUGGAGGCUCAAACCAUACUCAAGUCGUGAUCCUUAUUGAAGAUCACAACGAUAACACUCCGAGGUUUCCGACUGAUUUGGUAGAGGUUACUGUAAGCGAGAAUCAAACUGUGCACAGUCCAUUCUACAUCGUGCAUGCGACAGACAAGGACAAGAGAAAGAACGGUGCUAUAUCCUAUUCGAUCAUCUCCUCGCACCCUCCCUGUCCUGUUAUGGUCCAGCCAUUGACUGGGCAACUUCAGUUGACCGAUCAACUUGAUUUUGAAAAAAUUAGAGACUACAGUAUUCGCAUAAAGGCUCAAGACCACGGUGUCCCACCACGUUCGUCCAAUAUGACGCUUGUGCUGCAUGUUUCCGACUUCAAUGAUAAUGCUCCCGUCUUUGAAAGAAAAUCCUACGAAGCUGAGGUGCCCGAAAAUUCACCAUCAAUGGCUGUAGUGCUCAAGGUGAAAGCCAGAGACGAAGAUUCAAGAGAAAAUGGUAGAAUUCAGUAUAGGAUAACAAAUGGAUCAAGUGUGAGUUCAUUUUGGAAUCCAUAG